UGGACUACAAGAAAAGUGGCAAUUAUCUGGAGCUGAUUGAAGAUCUUGAAUUAUGGUGCAAAGGCUAGAUGUCAUUGUAUUUGUCACGUCAUCGUCUCAUCACCAGUACGUUGUAGUGUGAUUGCAAUUCAGGAGAUCGCACAGCAAUUCAGAAUUCAAGUCACCUUUGCGUUUGAGUUCCGACAUUCUUCUCUCAAGUUCUUAAAAAUAACCAGUCCAUUCUAUCGCGGAGAUCAUCCAUUACAGUGAUUAGCUCUCAAAUUUCACUGCUGAGCGGCUCCAAUUACGUAUAAUGGAGGACAUCAUAUCCUACCAUUUUGCUUCAGUGAAGCAGAGACAUGAAAACAGGCAUGAAAUGGAGUAUCAACUGUCUGUUCGUCAACAACCCAAACAAUCACGUAUGUGCGGUAUAGGCGAAAAAGCUGAUAGACGACCAGUCGACCCUCCUCCCAUAGUACAGCUAAAGGUCGUUGAUCCAUCACUCAGUGGCCACGAAAGAAGUGCAUAUCUUCAGAAUCCUUACUACUUUAUGUAUGCAUCGUUGAUGGCUGCGGAUAUUGAUGAAGAGUUACAUUUAUUACGUGAUGGAAAGACUAGGAGUACAACUGGUUCUGUCGUAUCAUCGUUGUAUCAUCUCAAAGACAUAGAUAAUGCAGAUGCUGGAUUUUUCGUCUUUCCAGACCUAUCGGUACGAAUGGAGGGUAACUACAGACUAAAACUUUCUCUAUUUGAAAUCAUUGGCAAAGAGGUGUUCCAUUGCAAAUCCAUCAUCACGCAUAUAUUUGUCGUCUACUCUGCAAAAAGAUUUCCCGGCAUGGAAGAGUCCACAUUUCUUUCGCGAUCAUUUGCAGACCAAGGGUUGAAGAUCCGAAUUCGGAAGGAAAUUCGUGUCCGACGGAAACAAUCGAAGCGGAAAGAAUCGUUACCCGAUCCAUCUGGCCAAAAGCGAAUUAUGUACAACAAGCGACCUCGUAAUAUUUCAAUCCAUCAAGACGAUCAAAGUGAUCAUGAAUCUUCUGAGGGAGAGUAUCACGUAGCUGACAUCGGCAGGGAUAGGCAGAAAGAGCAUAAUGUGUUGGAUUCCGAGGCGACAGUCCAGUCUACCGAACCUUGGAAUGCACAAAGUAACUACUCACAACCAGCCAAACUAGUAAGAUCAGAGCCACCCAAUGCUACUUCACCCGGCAUGGAGCCAUUGGACAGUAUAGAACGCUUGCCGAACAGCAAUAGAUCAAAUCCUUUGAUAAUGGGUAACGAAAUGAUGCUGCCACCGGCCAAUCGCACAUAUCAAGCCCCUUAUUCUCCUAUGCCACCAACCAACAACACUGUUCCUAAACGAUUCCAUCAAUCACUUCCUGGUCAUGGUUUUUCUGUUUCUGUACCGCAAGCAGCAUCGAGUACGCGCAACCAGGCCGCACAUGCUCAAGACAGAUCAGCUAGUGAACCAACGAUAAGAGUGUCAACUUCUAGACAGCCCGGUACUCAUCAGUCUCCGUGGCUUAUGCAACAUAACGAUCAACAACGAGGCAGUUCAGCUGUUGAAGAUGAUCCUCAUUCGUCAUCUCCACAUAUGGCCAAUGUGUUUUACUCAACCAGCCCCGGGCCGAUGGGAUUAAGUCAUGGAAUGGAUGCAACGUAUGGAGCAAGGCGGGCAGGACCGGCCGGAUCAGCAAUCAACCAAUAGGACAUCAACAACAACAUCAACACACACGAGCUAAUCACCCAGAUACAUACUCUCCAAU